AUGGGCCCCGGGGCGAGGCUGGCGGCGCUGCUGGCGCUGCUGGCCCUCGGGGCAGAGGACCCCGCGGCGGCCACCGCGCGGGAGGACACCUUCUCCGCGCUGACCAGCGUGGCGCGCGCCCUGGCGCCCGAGCGCCGGCUGCUGGGGACACUGAGGCGCUACCUGCGCGGGGAGGAGGCGCGGCUGCGCGACCUGACCAGAUUUUACGACAAGGUGCUUUCUUUGCACGAGGACGCGACAGUCCCUGUCGUGAACCCUCUGCUUGCCUUUGCUCUCAUCAAACGUCUGCAGUCUGACUGGAGGAACGUGGUGCACAGUCUGGAGGCUGCUGAGAACAUCCGAGCCCUGAAGGAUGGUUAUGAGAAGGUGGAGCAAGACCUUCCUGCUUUUGAGGACCUUGAGGGAGCAGCGAGAGCCCUAAUGCGCCUGCAGGAUGUGUACAUGCUCAACGUGAAGGGCCUGGCCCAGGGUGUCUUCCAGAGGGUCACGGGCUCCUCCAUCACUGACCUGUACAGUCCCAGGCAACUCUUCUCCCUCACAGCGGAUGACUGCUUCCACGUAGGCAAGGUGGCCUACGACAUGGGGGACUACUACCACGCCAUCCCGUGGCUGGAGGAAGCUGUUAGUCUUUUCCGAACAUCUUACGGACAAUGGAAGACAGAGGAUGAGGCCAGUCUGGAUGACGCCCUGGAUUACCUGGCUUUUGCCUGUUUCCAGGCAGGAAAUGUUUCGUGUGCCCUUAAGCUCUCCCGAGAGUUCCUUCUCUACAAUCCAGGUAAUAAGAGGAUGGCCAGGAACGUGUUGAAAUAUGAAAGACUCUUGGCAGAGAGCACUCAUCAGGAGGCGACUGGAGUUGUCAUUCAGAGGCCCAACGUGCCCCACCUGCAAACCAGAGACACGUACGAGGAGCUAUGCCAGACCCUGGGCUCCCAGCCCACACACUACCAAAUCCCCAGCCUCUACUGCUCCUACGAGACCAACUCCAGCCCCUACCUGCUGCUCCAGCCCGCCCGCAAGGAGGUCAUUCACCUGCGGCCCUUUGUGGCUCUCUACCAUGACUUUGUUAGUGAUGCGGAAGCUCAGAAAAUCCGAGAGCUUGCCGAUCCCUGGCUCCAGAGAUCCGUGGUGGCUUCGGGGGAAAAGCAGUUACCAGUGGAGUACCGCAUCAGCAAAAGCGCCUGGCUGAAGGAUACGGUUGACCCAAUGCUGGUGACCCUCGACCGCCGCAUUGCUGCCCUCACAGGCCUCGACAUCCAGCCUCCCUACGCAGAGUACCUCCAGGUGGUGAACUAUGGAAUCGGGGGGCAUUAUGAGCCUCACUUUGACCACGCCACGUCGCCAAGCAGCCCCCUGUACAGGAUGAAGUCUGGGAAUCGAGUUGCAACAUUUAUGAUCUAUCUGAGCGCAGUAGAAGCUGGAGGAGCCACGGCCUUCAUCUAUGCCAACUUCAGUGUUCCUGUGGUUAAGCACUGUUUUGGUGGAACCUGCACAGGAGUGGGGAGGGAGAUGAUGACACACUUCAUGCUGGCUGUCCUGUCCUGGUGGGAGAUAAGUGGGUGGCCAACAAGUGGAUACACGAGUAUGGACAGGAAUUCCGAAGACCCUGCAGCACCAACCCUGAAGACUGAAGCAUUGGCAGAUGGCAGCUUGUCAGUCAGAGAAGCCAGGAGACCAAGCCACGGGCAGAGAGGAGCGCAGCUUCCUGAAGGAAGGCCUCGUGGCAAGGCCUUAUGAGUGGAAGCUAAGAGAUGCUUCUACCAGGAAUGCUCCCCGACACUGCCCCAGAAUUUGCAUUUGGUUCUACUCCAGCUGUGAGACUUAGAAUGGACGAUACAAAGAGGUCUGAGAUGUUUUUAGUGCUCAGAAGCCCUUGGGAAUGAAACAGAUGAACUCAGUAUAGAACACUUGUUUAGCAUGUGCAAAUACCUACCUGGGUUCUGUUCACUAGCACUGAACACA